AAUGGCCUCAUAUUUCCUUCAUUUGCAUUUCCCUAGUUUCUCAAAUCUGUUUCAAGAAUCAUCGUUCAAUCCGGAACAAUCCUUUCACACAAACAUCCAAACAACUUGAAAUACAAAAGGGAGACAGAGAUAGAAAGAAUGACAAAACCAGAUUUCCUCCGUCGUUUCUUCCUCGGUUGCUUCACCAUAACCCCCACCACACCGAACACCACCACGACAACCACCCUCCCAACAACAACCAAGAAACGGCUCAGCACUUCGCUGAGAGACGACAUAAUCAUCCCUAAUUCUCCCUCAUGCUCUUCCUCAGCGUCCAACAGCAACAGCGACGACAACAUCAGCGUGAUCUCCCACCAAUUCGCCCAACCACGCGCUUCCAAAUCUAUGGUGAUCUGCACCUUCUUUGGCCGCCGAGGCGCGUCCCACGUCUGGUUCUGCGUCCAAAUUAACCGUGUCUCUCCAAAACCAUCCCUCCUCCUCGAACUUUCUCUCUCCACCCGAGACCUCGUCAAGGAGAUGCAAUGUGGUCUUCUUCGUAUCGCCUUGGAGAGCAAGAAUAAUUUCGAGUUCAGUUCUUGCCCACUUCACUUGGUUCCUCUUUGGACUAUGUUUUGUAACGGUCGACGGGUCGGCUUCGCUACCUGUCGAAAGGCUAAUCUGGAGACCCGAAACAUGUUAAAGAAGAUGCAAAAUAUUACCAUGGGAGCCGGAGUAAUUGCUGCUCCGGCCGCGAGGGAGAAAGAAGAAGAAGAAACAAGGCCAGAUUUAAUGUAUAUGAGGGCCAAUUAUGAAUGGGUUAUUGGGGGUGCUGAUUCUGAGUCCUUCCAUUUGAUUAGUCCCAAUGAAUGCCCUGGUCAGGAGCUUAGUGUGUUCUUGCUCAGGUCUUUCUGAAUCACUAAUUCAUUAAUCUUUGGGCUAUUUUCAUUCUUUAAGGAAAUCGAGAUUAUCAACAUCAUAAUGGAAUCAAUUAAUUGGCCUUUAUGUGAUCAAUUCUUUAUGGGAUCACAAAGUUUAUAGGUUUUCUGUUUCGACAUCAUAAUUGGGAUCAAUUAAUUCAUUUUCCUUCUACAUGGUUUCAUAGAGAGAAAGGCGCGUGAAAACUUUGCGUUUUCUGGGUUUCGAGACAGCUAACUUUAUGGGGUUUUGGGUUUAUGUUUGUAAUUUUUGUUACUUUCCUCUUUUAAUGGCGGAAAUGGGAAUGUAUUUGGGAUUACUGUGAUGGGUACGGUACAAUAUAGGCAGUUUUUAUUUUGAUGUAAUUAAUUUUUGUAUAAUAUAAUCAUCUUCAUUGUUUUUUUUAUGAUAAAGUCAGCUUUUUUUACUAUUCAAUUUUUAUAUGAUAUAAUUAGUUUUUUCCAGUUAUGAUUAGUUUUUGUAUGAUAUAAUUAGUUUGGAUUUAUAAGAAAUUAUUGUG